CCUGGAGGAUGUGGUGAAAGGCAUAUAGUAUGUGAAAGUGACUCAACUGCUUUAGGUGACCACAGUUCUAUUAUUUUAGCAGCAGCCCUGUUGGUUGGACCAAUGGAUGGAUGGAAUCACUCAGUUGUGUCUGAGUUUGUGUUUCUGGGACUCACUGAUUCAUGGGAGAUCCAGCUUCUCCUCCUGGUGUUCUCCUCUGUGCUCUAUUUGGCAAGCAUGACUGGAAACAUCCUCAUUGUGUUUUCUGUGACCACUGAUCCUCACUUACAUUCCCCCAUGUACUUCCUACUGGCCGGUCUCUCCUUCACUGACUUGGGUGCCUGCUCUGUCACCUCACCCAAGAUGAUCUACGACCUUUUCAGAAAGUGUAAAGUCAUCUCCUUUGGAGGCUGCAUUGCUCAGAUCUUCUUCAUCCAUGUUGUUGGGGGUGUGGAGAUGGUGCUGCUCAUCGCCAUGGCCUUUGACAGAUAUGUUGCCAUAUGUAAGCCUCUCCACUACCAGACCAUCAUGAGCCCACGAAUGUGCCUUUUGUUUCUGGCUGCUGCCUGGGCCCUUGGUGUCAGCCACUCACUGUUCCAGUUAGCAUUUGUUGUUAAUUUACCCUUCUGUGGCCCUAAUGUAUUGGACAGCUUUUACUGUGACCUUCCUCGGCUCCUCAGACUGGCCUGUAUGGAUACUUACAGACUGCAGUUCAUGGUCACUGUCAAUAGUGGGUUUAUCUGUGUCGGUUCCUUCUUCACACUCCUCAUCUCCUACAUCUUCAUCCUGUUUACGGUUUGGAAACACUCCUCAGGUGGUUCAUCCAAGGCUCUCUCCACUUUGUCAGCUCACGUCACUGUGGUACUUUUGUUCUUUGGUCCAACCCUGUUUGUCUAUACCUGGCCACACCCAAAUUCACAAAUGGACUAGUUUCUUGCUCUCUCUGAUGCAGUUCUCACUCCUUUUUUGAAUCCAGUUAUCUAUACAUUCAGGAAUAAGGAGAUGAAGGCAGCAGUGAAGAGAACUUUCAGACUAUUAAUGAUUUUUUGAAAGAUAUCAUAAAUAAUUUUGUAAGGACUUUAUCCUGAUCAUCAUAUCACCUGUGUCUUAAAGUUUAGAAUUAGCUUUUUUAGUGCAUUAGCAGUUAAUGUAAAUGCUAACCACACUUUUUAAGAAAGAUAUUUCCACCUAAAAGAAUGAAGGUUUAGAUAGAACUUAAUUCAAAACUUACUUAUUUACUUUGGGUUGCAUAUAUAUGUAGUAAUUAUAGUCAUUUUGUUCAAGCUAGUUUCUUUGCCUCCUCUUUCUCUUGACUGUAAGUUUUUAUUGUUUCAAUUUAUCCAUAUAUUUACUGAUAAUAUGUCCUUCCAGGUAACUAAGAUGCUCAUUAUUCACUUGAUAUUGAUAAUCUCCAUAUGUACCAAUAAUGGCUCUAUUUCUCCUUCCUUUGGUUAGUUGGAAAAUAUUUAUAUUUCAACCAAUUUCUUCAGGCUUAUUUUACCAACUGUCUCUUUAUAAUUUUGAGGAUAUAUUUAUGUUUAUCAGGAAAAUUUUCUAUUCAAAUUCUUUCUCAAAUAGUUAAAAACAAUCUUAUUCCAGACUAGAGGAAUGCUAAUAUCUCCUGUUUCAUUGAAGUCUGUCUUCCUGCCUCUUUUCUUCCUGCUUUUUCUCUUAGAUAACUGUCCCAUGAUCACUCAAUGUAUUAUAUAUUCAUAAUGUAGACCCUGCUGGGAAGAAUUUUGAAAGCCUAAAUUAAUGAUGUCAACUGGUUUCCUUUUUUUCACAUAUAUAUGCAUAACCAUGACCCAGUAAUUUGUUCUUUCUUUUAUCUAUUCUCUAAAAUUAUUCUUUUGCUUUCUCUCUAUUUUUGGCAUUGUGUUUAUUCUCUACCUGGAUUUAUUUCUAGAAAUGCAUGGAAGCACUUCAAUAUGUAUAGUCAAGAGGAGUUAUAACUGGAGAGAGAUAUGACUCAAAUACACAAAA